ACUGUCAGGAACUAUGUCCGGUUAGUGAAUUAAGCACAUUACAACAGCGCGAGCUCAUUGGCUCGUGCUCAAAGCUCCGCCUGGGAGCUGGUCCAGCGCGUGACAGCCGAGGAAACCCGAGUAGUCUCCACACUGACCUGACGGCCGGGUGCAGCGAGCGAGCGCUGUUUACUGAGGUUCUUUGGGAAGUUAACCCGACUGUCGCUGAUGGAGACCAGACAACAAGAGUUGUACUCUAGUGUUCUGAAUGAAGCAGUGGUGGACUGGGGCAGCAUGGGUCCCGGAGCUGAAUGGGUUUGCUCAUCCACACACAAGGGAGAGCAGGGUAAUCUGGACUCAGAGCCCCUGAGAGAGGCCGAUGAAGAUAUGGUGUCUGAAGUCAACUUGAACAACAUCGGCCUGUCGGAGGAGGAGAGAGAGGAGAUUCAACAAGAGCUAGCUAAACUGGAGGAAGAGAUCAGUACACUGAGGCAGGUCUUGUCAUCCAAAGAGAAGCAGCACGCGGAUCUAAAACAGAAACUGGGCCUCAAUCCGCUGAACGAGCUCAAAAACAACUUCAGCAGAGGAUGGCAUGACAUGCAGACCACUACAGCCUACAAGAAGACGUCAGAGACGCUGUCCACAGCAGGACAGAGAACCUCAGCAGCCUUCAGCACGCUGGGUAGCGCCAUCACCAGGAAAUUUGGAGACAUGAGGCCCAACUCUAUAGGCUACUCUAUCAGACACUCUAUGAGCAUGCCUGCCAUGAGAAACUCUCCCAGUUUCAAGUCUUUUGAGGAGAAAGUUGAGAACACAGUUUCCAACAUCAAGACAAAGGUUGGUGCUUCAGAAACCGGGGGCAGCUUUGAGGACGUUCUCUCCUCUGCAGCAAACGCCAGCUCUGAAGACACGCCUACCAGCACCUCAACAGACGGCGCUGAGAAGACGUGUUAGAGCUGCAGCCACAGCAGGAGGCUGGACUGAAACCAGGAACUCUGGUCACUGCUGUAAAUCAGCACAUCUACACACAGAUCCUACUGAAAUGUUACCCAGUUAUUUUAUUGGAUCGCAAAGAGAUAAAGUUUCUCUUUCUGCAGCUACAAAAACUCUUAGACUGGAUAGAAAUUUUUCAAACCAUUUUUACACUAAACAUUCUGGGAAUUUUAAUCGUUAAAAAUGUUAAAAGUCAUCCAAACACAUGUGUUGAUCAAAAGGGGGAGGGAGGAAGCAAUCCAGCAUUAGUCAAAACAUUUCUGAAAUUAAAGGAGGAUUAUAAGCAGAUUUGAAGUCAGCUGUGGGCCUGAAGAAAGAAACUCAGCUGAUAAGUCAUAGCUUGAAUUUCUCUGAUAUAAGGCUGUAAUAUAUGUUUGACUUCAACAUGCAGUAUGUGGAAAGAGCCAUGUUGGUACCAUUACAAAACUCAGCAUAGUCACCAUGUCAGAUUUUAUACCAAAAUCAACCCAGCAGGUUUGGAGCUUCUUACUGCUUUUAUCUUAAGUAUUUAAAAAACCAACCUGCUCAAGUCCUGGGUAAACCUCUAAACUUGUACUAAUGAUGUUACACUCAGAGAGAAGACCUUCCUCUGGCACCAAACAGGGAGAAUUUUACAAUGUACACCUAAAACAUGUCUUAUGUGAGUUUGGGGAAUUAGGGUUUGGGACCACUUGAAUGCUGGAUCAUACUCAUAGUGACAUUGAGGGUGUGCAUUGACACUUCAGGACAGCCUAAUCUAUACAGUCGAUUAAAACUCUGUAUACUUAUCCAUGUGUAGUUCAAUAUGUAUAAACGCAGGGUUUCUUCAUGUGUAAACGUAUCUUUUGACACUUUUUCAUGUUCUCAUGAAUCUUUUUUAUCACUUAAGACAAUCAACUUACAGUAAAUGCUGGAGAUAUAAAAAACAACAGAGCUGCUCCAAACCCGUAAACCCACAGAGGGUAAAAAAAAAAAAAAAGGUUAGAUGUAGAAAUCUAGAUAACUUUAAAUAUAUUUUAUGUCACCUACUUCUCAAGACACUAUGGAUACAAAAAUGUUAACUGUUUGCUAUGUAACUGAUCCAAAACACACUUUAGUGCAUUUUACUGUUCUAUAUAUUUGAUGUGUAUACUCUUGUCCAACAUCAUACUGCUGUAAGACAGUCCUUCACUGUAAUGAGACCCAAAACUCCAGCACUGAUUAGUUAAGUACUUUGUUUACAGAUUGAACCUGUUUCAUGCUGAGUAGAAAGGAUGGAAUUUGUUUUUAUUUCAUCUCUGGAAAAAAAAAAAAUAGAAGGUUGGUGAAACACAAUUCUAAAGAGGAUCUGGUUCAUGUUUUAUCUUCUGUUUCUGUCUUAUUGGAUUAAAGGUUUUAUUUGAUUUUGCUGUGGUUUGAGAAUAAGCCCCAUGUCAUUUCAUGUUUCCUGCAGCCCAUCUGUGAAGUGUAUUUAUUAAGAAUUGACUCCACGUUAGUUUAGAAAAACAACUUUAAGGUGUAACCAUUACAUUCAAAUAUUAAAGUAUUGUGUUUUAAAUCUGCAUCCAAACAAAUAAUCACACACUGUACGAAAUAACUACUCAUGGCUGAUGUUUGGGUAUUAGAAAUUGUUUCAAUCAUAUCAAACAUAAUGGACUGAUUUUACCAAAAACCCUCCGACUGACAAUGAUGAAUCAAUAAGUGUAACAACUUAAUGUUCAACAGUAUUGAUGUGCAACAUAUUUUCAGCUUCAUCUGGCCACUGUUGUCUUACUUUGUCAGCAACCCUAAAUACCUGAGUAUGCUGAACAAAUUAAAAUACUUUAUAUUGUUUGGUGAAACUUCAACUCGGAAAACAUUCAAAGCAUUUCUCAUUCUGAAAGUGCCGCACCAUAUAAAUCUUUGAUAUUCAUGUCAUAUAAAAUUGUUAGAAAACGUACUUUUCAGUGGUUUAAAGCCUGUUCAUGUUGAGAUUAUGUUGAAAUAUAUUCAUAGUUUUUCUUUGUAUUUUCAUCUCAAUAAACUAUUGAAGUAAAAACAUCAGAUUUCCCAAAUAAUGUAGUUAUUGCAGGACAGUACUCAGGAUUUUUUUUCACCCCUUUUAUUUCAUUUUCAACCAAUUAAACAAAUUGUUGCAUUUA